UACCAAACAAAGUCCAGGCAAUAGAGUUCUUCCUACCGGCUCUAUUGCGUAUUUCCUCUGAUGACUCCCAUCUUUUCUUGUUUUGCGUGUGGGCAAUAGCGUACCUUCAGGUGCCAAGCUGGAGAGGAAUCUAGAAGCCAAGACCUCGGAGCUACCUCAACGAACUUUGUUUCCAUUUUGGGCUUCUGCUAUGAUGCUCUUGAGUAAUCAUUUUUGUGGCAUUGCUACGUCUUAAUGUCCCCAUUCGGAACUGGUGUUCGUAAAGGCUUAGCAAAUGCAAAUAUUCGCGACAGUACACAAUUCCAUUCUAUAAAGCGGUGGGUAUUGCUGUAGGUGCUUCCUCGGGUGUUUCUUAUAUUCACACAUUUUACCUAUCUACUAUUUUAAUUUACGUCCUAUUUUUGGAUACGCCAACCUAUAUCUUUCCUCAUCAAAAAGACUCUGCCUGUAUCAGAAGCCAUGGGGAAACUGAGAGGUCUUCUAUCAUCAGGCAUUGGCCUUGCCAUGGAAGCUGCUUCGGCCCAGAGUUCACAAUCCCCCAGGGUCUACGACUCUUCAAGAUACGAAAGAGCGAACUACCAUUCGAGAAGCCUGGAUGGGUUUCAGCAGUCUCAACUUGCGCACUUUAGUGACGAGAACUAUGCACGAACAGAGUUCAAUGAGACAGGCAACGAAAUUUACGACGAGCAACAAUUUUGCUCGGAGCAGCUUUUAACUCAAGGAGGUCUCUCAUAUCCCGUUAUUAUCCCUCAGCGCAGGCCAGAAAAUAAAAGUCGUGGUUGGUCCAGGGCGUAUGCUCCCGCCCUCGAAGGUUGCGGCAUUGAUCAAGAAACAUUUCUGUCGUUCAUUGAGUCAUUUAACAGAGAGAGUCAGUCUUCUCCUUACCUGGAUGCUGUCAACGUGGCAGCACUUGGAGUGGGAUUUGCUCCAGGAAUCGCGCCCAUCGUCAUUUCAACUGCUCUGCCAAUUGCUGUACAAUAUGCAAAACAAUCUCAGACCAAUCAUAAAACAAAGACAUACUUGGAUAGAAUGAACGAAGAGCUCUUCGUCCCCCAUGGAUUGUUUGCUAUGGUUAUGACAUACAAGCCAGAGCAAUCCAGCACGAUUGUCAAUACUAAUUCAAUUUCUUCUUCGCAAUUGCAAGACACUGCAGCAAACAGGUUCGAAAAUCCAGAAAAUAUUCGAACCCAAAGAUUCCAAAUGCCCGAGGCGUCUCCUCUAAUUUUUUUCGAGGCCGGAUCUCUUCCCACUGAUCAACCAUCCAAUCGCCUUGACAAGAUCACCGAUUUUAUCUCUGACUACCAUGACCGUCGAGCACGGGCACGAUUUGCGGAAGGUAAUCCAGGCUCACCCCUUGCCGGACCAGCUCCAAAGUUCGGUAACCGCUUCGCUGACCCGACUUCGACCAACAAUAACGGCAGCUUACUAUCGACAAUAUCUGGAAACGACCGACAGAGUGACAAAGAAACGAGCAAAAGAUCGAGAAAAGAGGAACGAAACGCUCAAAGGGAAGGCCGUAGAGGGCCAAAGGAUAAUGGAAACGAACGUGGGCAUCUUAUACACGGACUUGUUUCAAAUCUAGCGGAGAGGUCCGGCCAUGGCGGAAGUUUUGGACGUGGGCGCCCUCGACUUAUAUCAGGUGUGCGGGGUAUCGUGAAUGGCUCUGGCUCAUCCACAGCAAAUAGGAAGGACCAGGGCCUUUUGAAGUCCAUUAAGAGCAUUGAGGCGAAUUCAGAUGUGCUAUAUCUGAUGAUCGUCAACAACCCUACAUCCGACAUCGCCUCUCGUGAACCUCGAUCUCCGCAUGGCACGAGGCAGAAUCCGGAAGAAGUGUAUGAUUGGCAAGAAGAUCCGCAACUGGACUAUUCUUACGACGGCGCACUGUCUGGCGAACGGUUUCAUCCAAGGGAUAGGCAUGAUCCGACGCACGAUGAGCGGUAUACUACAGACAACUAUGGCCGUUUCGAGCAGCAGGUGGUGCCAUACCAGUAUCAAUAUCAGCAGAAUACCCCUAGCAGCCCACCGCCGAGAUACAACGGCAUCGUCACGAGACGGGAUACAAGGCCGCAAAACUGGGAUCGAAAUGAUGACAAGGAGUACUGUGUGACGGGAUUUUAGGUCACCAUCCGAAUAUGUGGGAUGGAUUUUUAUUGUAGGUUUGGUUAUGAUGACGUGGUUGGAUUUGGAUUUGGAUGAAGAACAGUACGACUUGCUUAGGAAUUAUUUGGAAUUGAGAAACACAACACAGGCUAGAAGAUUAAUUUAACCUUUAAGUCCACCUGAGCCCUGUACCGACACCUCUCUUGUAACUGCGUACUCAAUUCUUAUGUGCGGCUAAGCUGUGGCUGCGUAUUCGCCAAAUGCUUACGACAGAUAACAUCAGGG